CACGGCCGUAGGGGGCGCCGCCGGUGCGGGGGAGGCCUGGGCGCGGGGCUGUGGGAGGGCGCCGGGCGGCCGUGGAAUCUGCCACACGCCGGGUCGGGGCUAAUUUUCCCGGUGGAAACUGGGGCGGGCUCCCGGGCGGUGGGCGCGCGGCUCCAGGGGUCCCAGGCUGGCGUCCAGCCCACGUGCGUGGCGCGUCUUUGGUCCCGGAACUGGUAGCUUCACGUGAUGUGCGCCUGGCCUGACAGCCCUUCCUCACCGCGAGUCUCGGGGCGCCGGGCCGCUGGGUUUCGCUCGGACGCCUCAGGGGCGCAGCGGGGCGAAUCUCCCUUCCUGGCGGGGUCCCUUGCCUUGGCGGUAGAGGCUGUGGACCUGGAGUGACAGCGACGCUCGGGCCUGGCUCCAGCGUCCUGCGGACAGACCUGUCGCUAUCAUCGCCAGGAACCCACACGAGAGAAAAACUGUGUCAUGUGCUGUUUUGAAUCUAGCAUGGGUUCCUUGGAUAUCACCCAGAGUAUUGAAGACGACCCACUUCUGGAUGCCCAGCUUCUCCCACAUCACUCACUACAAGCUCACUUUAGACCCCAAUUCCAUCCUCUUCCUACAGUCAUCAUAGUGAAUCUUCUGUGGUUUAUUCAUCUUGUGUUUGUUAUUUUAGCAUUUUUGACAGGUGUGCUUUGUUCUUAUCCUAAUCCAAAUGAGGACAAGUGCCCAGGAAAUUACACAAACCCACUGAAAGUUCAGACGGUCAUAAUCCUUGGGAAAGUUAUUUUGUGGAUUCUCCAUUUACUCCUUGAAUGCUACAUCCAGUACCACCACAGCAAAGUCAGAAACCGAGGCUAUAACUUGAUCUACCGAUCGACAAGGCAUCUCAAGAGACUUGCGCUAUUGAUACACUCCUCGGGCAACACAGUGCUUCUCCUCAUACUGUGCAUGCAGCACUCCUUCCCGGAGCCCGGGAGAUUGUAUCUUGACCUCAUUCUGGCCCUCCUGGCCCUGGAACUCAUCUGUUCCCUCAUAUGUCUCCUCAUUUACACAGUGAAAAUCUGGAAAUUUAAUAAAGCUAAACCAGAGCCUGAUAUACUUGAAGAAGAAAAAAUCUGUGCUUACCCCAGCAAUAUUACCUCGGAGACUGGAUUCAGGACUAUUUCAAGCCUAGAAGAAAUUGUUGAAAAGCAAGGAGACAUCAUUGAAUACCUGAAGCGCCACAAUGCCCUGCUGAGUAAGCGAUUGUUGGCUCUCACUUCCUCGGACCUGGGCUGUCAGCCAAGUAGAACAUGAGAGGCUCGCCCUCAUGACAGCAAUUGCAGAGAAACCCAGAGUAAUUCAAACUGACUGACUACCCGACAAGCUGCCACAGGGAACUGCAGCAUUUGCUGAAUAGCAUUUUACAGUGUUUGUUGGAAACCUGAAUUUGGUUCUGACUUCUGUGGCUGUUUAAAAUAUAGGGCUUGACUGGG